AUGGUCGUCUACUACGAGAUCGCUGGCCGCAAGAUCGGCUCCCACGUCCUCGCCAUGGGCGUCCUCGGCACGCUCUUCGGCGGUAUCUUCGCGGCCACCGGCGGCAGCAAGAAGGUCGCCAAUGUCACCCCUCCGAUCAACGCCGCCAGCAAGGACGAGGAGAACUUCAUCCAGUAUGCCUCCAUAGUGCUCACGCUCCGGCCCCUCGCCAAUGUCCUCUUCGCUCGGAGUUUCUGA